UAGUUUAUUUUCCAUAGAUUUUAUUUCUGUGCGUGUAUUUAGAAAUUAUACACCAAUAGAAUUGGUAUUUUCGAAGAGUUUUCAUCUUCUCUUGCGUUGAGACACGUUUAAUCAUUUUUUUGAGGUUAUGUCAAAAAGUAAUUUUUUGUACGAAUUUGCAGCAACAAAUUCGUAUUUUCCAGAUGCUGAUAGAAUGAUAAUUGUGUGAAUUAUCCGAUUUUUCAAAAAAUUGUAAAUAAACUACAAUAAAAAAUUUUCCUCCCCCAAAAAAAACCAUCAGACAAGUAAAUGUUCAAGAGAAAAUAACAUGCCAACAUUAAAUGAAGACGAAGUGAUGGAAUUCGAAAUUGUCAAUGCCGAUUCAAUAAAAAUGAAAACAAACGUUCAACCCGGCACUGCAGGUGCAACAAUGAUGACAUUCGGCAAUGGUAUGGUGAAAGUGCCAAAUUUCAUAAUGAGCAAUAUCAAAAAUAUGACGAACACAACAAAAGUGCCAAAUACAUUUCAAAAUUUGGCGACAACAUCGAAUGCACAGAAAAUGAUACCAUUUAUUAGUAAACAGAGUUUGAGUGCAGUGAGAAUAUUGCAAAGUCCAAAGACAUUGUCAACAACUCAGACUACUAGUUCUCCUACUACCUCCACCACUACUAGUGGUUUAAAAUGUGUUACGAUUAAACAGGAAAUUAAUGCCCCACAAGAAUCACCACAGUGGUUGAAUUCUCCAAUGAAAAAAUAUGUAGCAAAAAAACGUGUAUCACCAUCGCCAUCGAAGUCGCAAAAUGUCGAGGAUCAUGCUUAUGUCAGUAAAUAUCAGAGUCCAAUUAUCACAAUGAAACGACUCAAUGUUCAACAGAAUAAAUUGAAACCAUCGAAAGUUGCCGAGCGUACCUGUCGAUUGUGCCUCCAAAUGAAAGAUAAAUUGACACCGUUAAUUUGCGGUAAUCACGCGAAACCGCAGUUUAAUAUUUUUUUAAAGGAAUGCUGCUCGAUUGAGGUAACCUUAGAGGAUCCGAUGCCAAAGUCUGUGUGCGACGAAUGUACCACAAAAUUGCAAUCCGCCUGGGAUUUCAGGAAUCUCUGUCAAAAAUCUGACAAUGAAUUACGUAAAUUUUAUAAGUUGCCACAGAAAAAUUAUUCCCAGCUUCGAGAGGAUAAUUUUAUCGAAAAAAUUGAAAAGGGAGUUCAGGUCGAAAGUUACGAUCGUAUGAAGAGAAAGGAAAUUCGUGAACUAUCAAAAAGGCCAAUAAAACAGGAAAUCGAAGAAGCCGUGGAGGAAAUGAACGAGCCAUUUGAACAACACCAAGAGCAAGUGUUACAGGAACAUCCCGAAGAAUUGCUAAUCGAGGCCCUCCAAGAAGAGCAGAAUCGAGCAUUAAAAGUCGACUACGAUGAAGACGACGACGACGACGACAACGAGGACAAUGAUAUCAAGGAAAAGGAAGAAAUCGAAAAAAUAGAAGACGAAAAAACAGACGACAACGACGAAAAUCCAGUCUCAUAUUUUUUCGAAUCAUUCGCACAGGAAAUAAGUAACGACGUGGAAAAUUCCGACACCGAACAACAGGAACAUCAUGAACCACACGAAUUAGUUGAAAUUAAAGAAGACAUUUCCGAUGAUGCAGCACCGGAAAUUGAUGAAAAUCCCGAACAAAUAGAAACAACAAAGAAGCGUACAGUGAAACGAAAGAAAAAACAGCAGAACGAGGAGAAGGAAAAAUAUCUCUGUCACAUGUGUCCACGUGUUUUCACCUCAAAAGCAUUUCUCGAGAGACAUUCCAAUUUUCAUCUAGCGGAGAAAAAUCACACAUGCGAAACAUGCAGUAAGGUAUUUAAAACGGAGGAGAAAUUAAAGACACACAUGAGGAUACACGAUAAGACAAAACGUUUUGAAUGCGAAGUCUGUGGCUUGAAAUAUGUCUACGAAUAUUUAUUAAAUUCACAUUUACGUCUUCAUGGCAAGGGCAAACCAUUGAGUACAGAGAAGCAUUUUCUCUGCGAGGUUUGCAGUAAAACAUUCGCCUCACAAUCCGGUUUGAAGCAUCAUCAGAAACUUCAUAUGGAUCUUAAACCCUAUAAAUGUCGUUUCUGCGAGAAAACAUUCACAAUGCCAAUCUAUCGAAAGAAACACGAAUUGAGACAUUCGGAAACAAGACGCUACAGUUGUCAUUUGUGUCCGGCGACUUAUCACUCAACGAACGGACUCACAAAUCAUUUAUUAUUGCACACUGGCGAAGCGCAUUAUCAUUGUAAAACUUGUGGCAAAUCAUUCAGACGUCGUAAAUAUUUGAAUGAGCAUAUGUUCACUCACACCGGUGAGAAGCCGUAUAUUUGUAAAAUGUGCGGUAUUGGCUAUGGAAAUUCGGGAAGUUUAUUCGCUCAUCAGAAACGAUGUCGGGCACAAUUCACCGAGGAGGUGACGAGAAAUAUUGUCGAGGAAGUUGUCGAGGCUGAGGCAAUGAUCGAGGAAUACUUUGAAGGCGAGGAAGACGAGGAGGAACAAGAGGAGGAAGAACAGGAGGAAGAGCAGAUUAUAUAAAGAUAAAAAAAAACUAUUAAUCGAGACAAAAAAAAUAUAAAUUGUUCCCUUAUUUUUUAAGUAACGUAAGUGUGAUCAAUUUUUAAUUUACAAAAUAUUUUUUCUCUUUUUUUUCAAUUUAU